AUCUUUGCUUACUGUGCACAGUCUUACGCAGUAUGCGGAGCAGUCUGCAUGUAUGUAUUAUACAGUACAUUAAGAUUCUUAAAUUAAUAAAUUUUAUGAAUAAUUUAAACACAGUUUUGCAUAAUCUUAUACAAUUUGGAUCUGCGGAGAGAAUUUUUGCCUAAGAUUUGAAGUUUCACAAUUUAAUCCGAAUUUUAUACGGAGUUUUGUAAAAAGUUCAUGUGAUUCGCAUAAAAAUAGUGAUGUUAAUUAAAUGUGCCUUUUUGGAUAUGCUCGUGAUACUUUCGUUGCUAUUCGCAAUCCUUUAUUUAUGGAUGAAAUGGAAACAUACCUAUUGGCAGAGACGUGGUGUACCUACAUUGCCUGCACAUUGGUUCUUUGGUCAUUUCAAGGAUGCGAUCCUCCUGCGCAAGUCGGCAGGAGAAGUUCUUAGCAAACUACAUCAGCAAACUAUGAAUAAAGAUGCCGUAGGGAUUUAUAUUCUACACAAGCCAUUCCUGCUUCUAAAGAAUCCGGAACUAAUAAAACAGAUAAUGAUUAGAGAUUUUAAUGUGUUUCCAAAUCAUCACUUUAGGGCGACAACUAAUUCCGACACAAUGAGCAAAUGGACUUUAUUCACUAUCACUAAUCCUGAAUGGAAGUAUCUAAGGAUGAAAAUGUCACCGGUGUUUACGAUCGGCAAAUUGAAAAGUCUUUUUCUACUAAUACAAGAGUCCGGGGAAAACAUGAGAAACUAUUUACGCGAUCAGAUUGAAGAGAAAAUUGUACCAAUAACGGUAACAGAUAUAUUUUAUAAAUACACUACCAACGUGGUAUCCUCCGUGGCAUUUGGAAUUCGGACAAAUUGUUUCAAUACCCCGCCACCAGAAUUUUAUGAAAACUCACGCAAAGCUGUCCUGCUAGAUUAUCUAAGGACUAUCCAGAUAUUCUUUCUAUUUUUCUUGCCAAAUAUCGGAAAGUAUUUGCGCGGUGCAAUGCUUGGCAACUACACGGAUUACUUCCGCAAGGUCUUUUGGGACUCUAUGGACAAUAGAAGCAUUACGAAGACAAAACGAGGAGAUUUAAUUGAUUCUCUUUUGCAAUUAAAAAGCGAGAAGCCGGAUAAUAGUAAUAUUCAAUACGAUGGGGAUGUUCUUUUCGCACAAGCGGCAAUCUUCUUCGUGGCCGGUCGCGAGACCAGUAUCGCUACUAUGACCUGUGCUCUUUUCGAGUUGGCUAAGCAACCGGACAUGCAGAAACGCCUGAGAGAGGAGAUCCUUAAGGAAAUUCAGGAUGCAAAUGGUUUAACAUACGAAACAAUCCACAAUAUGAAGUAUCUGCAUCAAGUUAUAAACGAAACACUGAGGCUUUAUCCGCCCGCACCGAUCCUCGAUAGGACUCCUGUCAGCGAUUACACAAGUAAAUUACAGUUUUCUGGCACAAAAAUAACUAUCGAAAAGGAGACACCGGUAUAUGUCGCAUUACGUGGUAUUCAAACUGAUCCAGCUUACUGGCAAGAUCCUAUGCGUUUUGAUCCCGAACGAUUUAGUGACAAAAAGAAGAACGAGAUUGUAUCCUGCACUUUCUUGCCUUUUGGAGAAGGUCCACGAAAUUGCAUAGGUAUGCGACUGGGAAUUUUACAAACCGCCGUGGGAUUGAUAGCUGUUCUACGAGAUUACGAGAUUGCAUUGAAUCCUUCAUGGAAGAUUCCCAUCGAUCAACGGAGCCUAUUCAGCAUGCCACCAGCAGGAUUCCUGUUGAAUUUUAAAAAGAUAUAGUGUGUUAACAAUACGUAGUGACAGAUAUAUCACCGCUACAAUUAUGUUUUUAUUAUUUUAGGAUUAUAUUGGAAAUAUUUGAAUUGGAUAUACGUUAGGACAUACGUUAAGUUCUUUGCAUUAGAAAUAUUUGCUAUGAUCGAACUUUCUAUGUAUAUAAUAAUUUUUCAUGAUUUGUAAUAUAAUAUUUUAUUAAUAUUAUACAAAUUAUGUACUCUUAUAAUUCUGUCAGACAUUUUGAUUGUUAAACAUUACAUGAUUAUGGAGAAACAAAGAUUCCGAAAUAUUUUUUAAUAAAAUAAUUGUACAAAAUAUACAUAAUUGUAAUGUAAGUUAUGAAACAUAAUUGUAAUGGAACAGAUAAAUAUAUCAAUUAGACAAUUAAA